AUGCUCGAUGCCUCUGGGGGGCCGGUGUCGUUGACGGCCUCGUUCAAUAGUGACAGUAGUUGUUUUUCUGUUGGACUGGACUCGGGGUUCUGUGUAUUCAACUCGGAUCCAUGUGAGCUCAAAGUAUCAAGAGAUUUCAAUGCCGGUGUUGGAAUCGUCGAGAUGGUUGGGCAGUCCAACUAUCUGGCUCUUGUUGGAGGAGGCCACACGCCCAAGUUUCCCCAGAAUAAGGUGAUAAUCUGGGAUGAUGCAAGGCAAGUUGCUGCAAUGACACUUGAAUUCCGCACCUCGAUUCUACGAGUGUGCAUCACCAAGUCUCGCAUAGCCGUUGCUCUCUACGAUUGCGUUCAUCUCUACGCCUUUUCAAUCCCACCUGAGAAGAUAGCCGUCUAUGAGACUGGUGAUAACCCGCAUGGUCUUGUCUGCCUUGGAGAGUCUCAUAUUGCCGUCCCCGGCCGUUCCGCAGGACAGGUUCAACUCAUUAAACUGGACACAGGCAACGUUAGCAUCCUUCCAGCUCACACCUCGCCUUUGAGUGCGAUGACCUUUAGUGGCGACGGGGCUGUUCUAGCUACUGCGAGUCAAACGGGAACGAUAAUUAGAGUCUUUGCUACUAGUAAUGGCGCUAAGAUGGCCGAGUUGCGAAGGGGCCUUGAUCCGGCGGAGAUAUUCUCGCUGGCUAUCUCUCCUUCAAAUACCCUCCUUGCCGUCACUUCUGACAAAGCAACUCUACACAUUUUUGACAUCCCGCACACAAGGAAUGGACAGGAUACCAGCAAUGCACCCAUGACACCCCCCGAGGAAUCCGCAAACCGUGGAUGGGGGAUAAUAAGCAAACUUCCCUUCCUCCCUCGCGUGUUUUCGGACGUUUAUUCAUUUGCCAGUGCUAGAUUUGAUAUCGGCGAAGAACCACUUGGAUCAAACUACGUUCCGCCACCCGGUGCACCAUCUGAGCGGCCUUCAAAGGGUAUAAUUGGUUGGACGAGCGAUCAGUCGUUACUCGUACUGGGCGCCGGUAAGGCUGGUAGGUGGGAACGCUUCGUCCUUCAGGAAGCCAGUGAUGGGACACGGCAGUGUCUGAGAGCUGGGUGGAAACGGUAUCUCGGGAGCUGA